GCUCCGUAGAUCGGGGGACGGGAAAAGGUGUGACACACAGAGCAAACAGCACCAAUAUGAAAAAGGUUUUUCUUUUGACCGCAGUGUGAGGGGUUAAACCAAGAUGGCCACCUGCCGUAUUCCACUAGUUUUGUUGGCCUGUGGCUCCUUUAAUCCCAUCACCAACCAGCACAUGAGGCUGUUUGAACUGGCCAGAGACCACAUGCACAGAACAGGCCAGUACCAGGUGGUGGGUGGCAUCGUGUCACCAGUGAGCGACGGCUAUGGAAAGCAAGGCCUGGUACUGGCUCAGCACAGAGUGGCUAUGGCAAAGCUGGCACUGCAGAGCUCCGACUGGGUCACGGUUGAUGAAUGGGAGAGCCGGCAGCCAGACUGGACGGAGACAGCAGUAACCAUGAGGUAUCAUUAUGGACAGAUUCUACAGAAGUAUAAGAAAACUACAGGAACACUCAUGGACUCCAAUGGAAACACCACUUUCAUCUCAAGUCCGUCUCCCCAAUUGAAGCUCCUGUGUGGAGCUGAUUUCCUCGACACCUUCAAGACCCCAGGCCUGUGGCUGGACGAGCAUGUGGAGGAGGUGGCCGGCCGCUUUGGCCUUGUGUGCGUCAGUCGAGGAGGUUUGCAGCCAGAGCUGGCCGUGCAUGAGUCAGACACUCUGUCACGCCAUCAACAAAACAUAUUUCUUGUAAGGGAAUGGGUCAGGAACGAGACGAGCGCCACAGAGGUCCGCCGGGCUCUGAGACGGGGGGCGAGUGUGAAAUACCUGAUCCCAGACUCAGUCAUAGAAUACAUCCACCAGCACAAUCUGUACACAGAGGACAGCGAGAGGAGAAAUAAGGGCACGGUGCUGAGACCGCUCGCUAAACAGGCACAAAAGCCAGUGAACAGUCUGGAUGACUGACUGAUGGACAGACCGCUGUGGCUUUGAGCUGAACACUGGAGCUCGUCGACUGUGAAUUUACUCACGCAUCAGUGCUUCUCUUCAGGGAUUCAGAACUCUGUUUACUUCCACUGGACUGCAGUGUGGAAGAGGAUUUGCACAACCUUAACAAUGUAAAGUCCGCUAAGAAAUACAUGUUUGUUGUUGAUGUGUUUUUCAGGCAUCACCUGCUUUCAGUUGGAAGCAUCUACGGUGUUGUGCUGUCAUUUGAAUAAAAUACAUGCAGUAUUUUUAACUGUGAGCCUCAUCUUGGAGCCAUAGUACUUGUCUAAUGGUGUUUUUUCAUGUAGUUUUUCACAUUGUCCAUCAUUACAAGGAGUGAUUGAUGAAAAUAAAACACUGUAUAUUUGGAA